GUUUACUUCAAAUUUGUUUUUGUUUGUGAUUGUUAAAUAAUAAUAAAAGCUAUUUAAAUUAAAGAACUAAUAAACUGAAAUGAGCCAGUUUCAAAAGAACGAAAUCGUGUGGGGAAAAAUGCCGAAGGGCAUCCCGUGGCCUUGUCUGAUAUUGGAAUCGGACAACCAAGCACCGACGACUUCCUACUGGGUGUACUUUUUUGGCACGUACAACUACGCCAGGCUGCCGAACUCCCGACUGGCCAAUUUCGAGGAGAACCGCGAGAAGAACAUAAACGGCUAUUGCCAGAGGUUGCUGCCCCGCUCCUACCAUUCGUUCCCCGAAGCCGUGGACGAGGCCGAGCUGCAUUUGGCGAAAAUGAAAUCGAACCCGCUCUACCAAAUUCCCAUACACGAAUUCAAAGGCAACAAGAGGAAAAGGCCGCCCAUAGCGCAAAACAACAAUAAAAAAUUCAAGCCGGAUAUCGUGUUAAAGGAACUGACUGUAAACAUCACGCGGCUUAAUGGCCUGAACGAGAAAGUCCAAGAGCCAUCCAAAACCGUUCUAAACACAGACGAAAUUAUAGUAUCUAAGCUUAAAUUUGGCAUCGUAGGAAUAGGUAUACUAGGUAGUAGAGUAGCAAAGAAUUUAAGUCAAUCUGGUCAUUUAAUAAACAUAUGGAAUCGAACAACAAGCAAAUGUAAUAAACUUAUGAAACAGCUGGAAGCAAGGUAUAGGAAUCAAGUAACCACCUUCCUCUGUCCCCGAAUCUUGCUAGAAAAUUCCGAUGUAAUUUUAGUGUGCGUAUCAGAUCAAGAUGUAGCCAAUUCCAUUUUCAAAAACAACUUCGGCAUCAAUCACCCUACUGAUGCUAUUUUGAAAAAUAAAGGAAUAGUUCAAAUGACCACAACCGGUCCGGAAGCAUCCAAAGAUUUUCAAGCAAUCAUCGAAAAGAAAGGCGGGAAAUACCUAGAAGCUCAAAUACAAGGAAGCAAAUUCGACGAUAAUUUCAUCAUCAUCACAGCAGGCGAAAAGACCCUAUUCUUCGAUUGCCAGUCAUGCUUCAAAGCCAUCGGAAUCUCAGCAAUGUACCUAGGCGAAGUUGGCUAUGCUUCGAAAGUAAACCUCAUCUUCCAAUUGAUCAAAGGAGUCCAUCUAGCGGCGUUUGCCGAAGCCUUUUCCUUCGCCGAACGUUGCGGAUUGAAGCAGGAGCUCCUGAAGCGAAUCAUCGAAUUCAUGGACAUGGUGAGCCCAUAUUUGUCAAGCAAGUUGAAGAUCAUCAUGAACAGAGACUUCGACAACGUGGAGCAGGCCCUGAAGCACCUCCAGGCGGACCUGAAGCUGGGCUUGGACUUGUCGAACAGCGAGGGCGAGCCCCUUUUUCUGGCGAGCAUCACCAACGAGAUUUUCAAGCAUUGCAAAAGACUGGAAUUCGAGAAUAAAGACAGCGCGUCAAUUUACAUGAGGACUAAGUAUUAAUGGUUAUGUAUUAUACCUAUAGGAUUUUAAAGUUAUUUUUUUACGAAUGUUUUAAGACUUGCACAUAGAACGUUUCAUUUUUAGUUUUACUAAGUAGAUUUAUACUUAAUUUUAAUGAUUAAAUUA